AUGCAGCGAAGAAAGCCGCGUCAUCGUCAGCUGCGAGAUGCUCCCGUGCGCCUGCCGAUCGCGGGAAAUGAGUCCGCAUCUGCUGUGUCCAUACCAUCAAUCCUAUCGAGGACAAUCAGGCCAGACGUAGGACAAAGCAUUUGGGGGGGGGGGGCGGGGGGGAAAGCGAAGAAGAGAGUCAACAGGCCGAUGUCAUCGGGAAACGACGUCAUCCACGUGGGGUUGGGCCGUGACGUCACCCGCCCGUCUCCUUCCAACUUGUUAUACUCGUUCCUUUUCCCUUCCAUCCUCCCCUUUCCUCUGCUAGCAUUGCAUCGCAUCGCGUCGCAUCCUGCAUCUCGAAGAUUUGUUCUGCCAGCCGUUAGGAUACCCCAUAGACGAAAUACCCCCAACCGGCUCCCUCAGGAACCACAAAGUCAGAUCCAAAGAAACAGAACCCAGCUCAUCCCGGAAUCACCGAAAAUGGUCGGCGCCAUCCACGAACGCAUUCGCGAAGACCUCAUCGGCAAGGAGCGUCGUCUCUGGACGGCGCUCACCUCCGCCGAUCCAGGGCCCGAAAUCAAGAAGAUGUGUAACGAAGAAGCCAACCUACUUUUCCCGCAGCGCGAGAUUCUGCACCUGCAUUCGAAGCCGUCAAUCAGCGAGGCGCUGAAGCCACCCUUCCAUCACUUCGACGAGUACGAACUGCAGGAAGUGCGCGUGAUCGUCAUCGACCUGAUGGCCGGAUCAGUAACAUACAAGAUCAAUGCGCGGCGCGGCGAGGAGACCUACCGGGGCACCGGGUCGACGACAUGGAGUCAGGCAAGUGAUGGAGAGUGGCGGAUUGUGGUGCAUCAGGAGACAUUAAUGUGA